GGUAUGGUUCUCCAAAGUGAAGGAGAGAUGAAUGAUGCGUGGCUGGACUUCCAAGAAGCUUCUGGUUGAUGAAUACUGUCUGGUAUUUCCUUGAGGAUUUUCUUACUCUCACACAGCAGGUCCAGGUGGCUGUGGUCUGCUAUGCAAAUGCAAAUUACCUGACUCAGGCAGCUGGUGACUCACUACUCCCCUUUAAAGCAGCAUCAGGUUCAGGGCUGUAACUGCUCAAGGCAGAAGCCAUGGCUCCCAGGCUCUGCUUCUCCUUCUGGGUGCUGGUCUGCUGGUUGGUGGUAACUGUGGUAGAAGGACAAGAGGUAGUCACCUCUCCUGGAAGCUCACCAAAUAAUGUGAACCCUACAGACUGCCGGAUCUUCACACUCACGCCUCCAUCCACAAGGCAUUCAGUAACAAGGGCCCAGCCCAUCACAAGGAUACCCACAUAUACUUUUUUUUUUCCACAAAGAAGGCCCAGAGUCUACCCUAGAUUUCCUAAUGGACCUUUCCUUCCCCCAAACUGCAACCAUCGUUUUCAGUUCUGGCCUUUUUACUGGCCUCAGGGUAGCCUGAUUCCUGGUAGAUACUUCCUUGGAAGACAGCUCCAGAGUGGAAGCUCAUCUGAGGAAAGCAGAGAGAAAUGAGAACCCAGACAUAUUUAAGAAAAGAAACGAACACCUCUGAAAAAGAUGAAAGCAUUUGUUUUCUCUCCCUUGUCUAAGACUACUGGAUUAGAAGAUGAAGUAUCCUAAAUUCCAUUACUAGAAUUGCUUCUGUCAACAAUGAAGAGAAUGGAUUACAUGUUUCUGUUUACAAAAAUCCCAUAGUAGCUACAUCAUUCUUAUUCCACAGAAUAUUAAUGCAAAUAAAAUCUUUCAAUGGGCUAUUUCAAUCAUUUGUAUUCAUACUGAGACAUCAACGGUAUUAGCCCCCUCUUCCAAAUUAGAAUGAAAAGCAUUUUAAAGAGACCAUUAUGAGCCAAAUGAAGACAUUAAUGAUAUUCAUUUUAAUACUCAUUGGUAAACUUACAGAGCAGGUGCAUCUACAAAGUGAAGUUUAAAAGAAAUUGUAAUGAUUGAAGCAAAAAACCUUAUAGAGAAUUUGACUCUAAAGAAUAAUUUAAUUAUUAACUGAACUAGCUAAC